AACAUAGUGGAACAUGUGUCCUUGUGAUCUGAUGGAGCGUCUUUUGGGUAUAUGUGCAGGAGCAGUACAGCUGGGUCUUCAGGUAGAACUGUUUCCAAUUUUCUGAGAAAAUGCCAGAUUAUUUUCAGAGUAUAUUUACAAAUUUGCAAUCCCACCAUCAAUGGAGGAGUGUUUCCCUUUCUCCACAUCCUUGCCAGCAUGUGCUAUCACUUGGAUUUUUUUUUAUCUUAGCCAUUCUGAUUGGUGAAAUGUAAGAUGGCAUCUCAAGGUUAUUUUGAUUUCAUUACCUUGAUGACUAAGGAUGUCAAACAUUUCUUUAAGAGCUUUGCAGGAAAUGGGUGGCCUCCAGUUGUGUUUCCUUUGUUGCUUCUGUUUCCAUUUUUUUAGAUCUUGGACCAUUUUAUUCCUUUUCUUCACUUUUGGUUGUAUCUCCCUGUAUUUCUUUAAGGGGUGUGUUUAUAUCCUCUUUAAAGGUCUCUAUCAUCUUUGUUAGAUGAGAUUUAAGGUCAUAGUUGUAACACAUGGUCAGGUGUGUUAGGAUAUCCAGGGCUUGCUGUAGUAGGAAAGCCGGGUUCUGAUGGUGCUCUGGUGCACUGGCUUCUGUUGAUUAUCUUCUUGAGCUUGUCCUUAACCAUCUAGUAGUCUCUGGUUUGGGCUGGCCUGGUAGUCCCUGGGAGUAGCAAGCCUCUGGAACUAGUUGUCUCAGACAGCAGCAGGCCUCCCAAAAGGCAGGCAGGGCUGUGGGCUGGAGAAUGGAAUUCCCAUCCAAGAUUUCAAAUAGAAGGUUGGACUGGAAAGGAGAUGGGACUGCGAAAGAAAAAUGGAGGCAUGUAAAGCAGUGGGUGUACAGUGGGGUGCAGACCUGCAAUUGUAGGUACAGGUGCUGUGGUGGCUUAAAUAUGUUUGACCCAGGGAGUGGCACUAUUAGGAGGUGUGGCCUUGCUGGAGUAGGAAUGGCCUUGCUGGAGGAAGUGGGUAACUGUAGGACUGAACUUUAAGACCCUCCUAGCUGCUUUAGAAGUCAGUCUUCUCCUGGUUCCCUUCAAAACAAGUUGUAGAACCCUCAACUCCAUCUUCAGUGUCAUGCCUGCCUGGACGCUGCCAUGCUCCCACCUUGGUGAUAAUGGACUGAAUUUCUGAACCUGUAAGCCAGCCCCAAUUAAAUGUUCUCCUUUAUAAGAGUUGCUUUGGUCAUGGUGUCUCUUCACAGCAGUGGAAACCCUAACUAAGACAGGUGAGGACUGGAAGGAAGAUGGAGCUCCAGUAAGAUGGGGCAGAGCCCACAUCUAUUAAGCUUGCUGGGGUCCCAGCAGUCUCAAGGAUCGGGGCAUGUGUGUCUUACCUGGGUGUCCUGGGUGGGAGCCAGGAGGAACUGCAGUGGCGGGUACAGAACUGUGAUUGCAGGUAAAGGUAUAGACUGGAAGGAAGCUGGUUGGUUGGUUGGCUUGUUUGUUUGUUUUCCUUUGGGUCAUUUUUGUAUGUUUGUUUUUAUUUUGGAUUUUGUUUUGGUUUCUGAAACAGUUCCUAGAGCUUUCAAAUUAGAGCAUUAGACCAGGCUGUCUAGCCUAGAAUUCAAUAGAGAUCCACUUGCCUCUGCCUCUGAAUACUGGGGCUAAGGGUAUUUGUCAACACUAUGGUCUUGUCACCAUAUUUUACUAUUGCUUUGCUUGCUUGCCUGCCUGCCUGCCUGCCUGCCUGCCUGCCUGCCUGCCUGCCUGCCUGCCUGCCUGCCUGCCUGCCUGCUUGCUUGCUUGCUUGCCUGCUUUAAAGAUUUAUUUUUGGCCCUGGUUGGUGAUGUACAUCUUUAAUCCUGUGAGUUGGGAGUUAGAGACAGGUGGAUCUCUAAAUUGCCAUCAGCAUGGUCUUCAGAGUGAGACACUGUCUUUAAAAGGUUUUUUUUUUUCCUUUAGUUAUGCGAUGUGUAUCUGGAUGUGUGAGUGUAUACUGUGUGGGGUGUCAGAUCCUCUGAAACUGGGACUCAAGCUCAAGUCCUCUGUAAGACUCAUACUUGGUCUUUAAUUGCCACACCAUCUCUCCAACCUCCUAUAUUUUGCCUUUUUUUAAUAUAAUAUUUUAUUAAUUCUUUGAUAAUUUUGUAGGUCUAUGUAAUAUAUUUUGCUCAUUUUCUCCCCCAUUCCUCCCUGUAACUCCUCUCAGAUCCACCCUUACUCUACUUUGUCUACUCUCUCCUUUUUACAAAUACUAAUCCACCAAGUCCAAUUUUGGUUACCCAUAUACAUGUGGGUGAGAGGUCACACACUGGAGCAUGGUCAACCUACUAGAAGCCACACCCUUUUAAAGAAAAAUGACUCUCCCUCCCUGAGAGGAUACACACUUGUCAGUGGUUCCUUAGUAGGACUGGGGACUUAUGAGCCAUUCUGGAAUGUUGAUGGUUUAAUCUUGUGUGGGGCUUAGAAGGGGAACCACUGUGAGUUCAUGGUGCUGUAAUGUACAGAAGGCUAUGUUUUUCUCCAGUCCUCCCUGACCUCUGGCUUUACCAGUCUUUCCCUCCCCCUCUUCCACAAUGGUCCCUGGGCCUUGUGGGAAGUGGACAUGGUAUAGAAGACCCACUCGUGGCUGAGCACUCCACAGACAUUCAUGGGCCGUACUUUAUAAACAUUUGAGGAUCUCUUUGUCAACCACCGUCUACUGCACAAAGAACCUUGGUGAAGACUGAGACUGAACUGAUCUAUGGGUACAGACAUACUUUCAGAAAAUAAUAAUAGACCGCUGGGUCCUACACGCUCCCCAACAGUGGGUUCUUGGCCAGACCUAUGUUUUCUCCAGUGGAGCAGGUCUUCGGUCCGAUCAGAAAGCAGUUGGUUGCCCCGAUAACAUUCACACCACGACUGCAUCCACAAACAUGGCUUUCCACAUCAGUUAUUACCGUAGUUCACAGGGCCACAUGUUGCUUCUUGAGGCAGACAAUAAAUACUUUGAGGGCCUCUGUUUUCUUCCUUUCUCUCUUAAGGAGUUUCCCUCCUCUUAGGGUGGCUACUUUGAAGAAAGAUAAGAUGGCUGAUUAGUCGCAGCUGUUGUGUAACUGUCUUGACCAGCCUUGAACUUGUUGAGAAGAUCCAUUACCAGGAGCCUUGCUAGUAGAAAACAGAGACCUACAAGGCCUUUCUUUUAAGCUGCCAGGCUUUUUUUUUUUUUUUUUUUUUUUUUUUUUUUUUUUUUUGUCCCAGGUCAGGAAGGUGAGGAAGAAGCCAGCCAUCCUGGAAAUUCUUGCCUUUAGAACUUAUCAUGGGUCCUUUCCCAUCUCUCUGCCUACCAGGGAGUCUGUCCAACUCCUAGUCUCUUACAUCACACGAGCUUCACAUGCGUCUAGGCUUGUGUGCAGGGAAAGACCGCAGAGAUUCUUACAGCUCGUAUCUUUGCUGAGGCCACUUCAGGUUUAAGAAGAUUAUUAUCUCCUUGAUUGAGAAUUCCACAAAAAAACACACAACUCUAGGUGUGUGGUGUUUUUUUUUUUUGUUGUUGUUGUUGUUUGGUUGGUUUUUUUUUUUUUUUUUUGGUCUAGGAACCCAAGAUCAAGAUGCCCACCCCCUCUCACCUCCCCAACCUCCACCCCUGCUAACUUUUCUUAGCAUCUGUUAAACUGCUCGCUUAUGCAAACCUUCCCCUGCAGAUGUUGAGAGAGACACCAGAAUGUGGGUUUUGCCUUUAAAGCCCCUUGGUCUAAAUUCUCAGGGCUACACUUGAGUCCCCAAAUACCUGAGUGCCUGCCAUCCCAGCCAGCUGGAAUAAACAUGUUCAAUUAACUAUCAACUGUAUCUGAAUGGUCAUCUCUGGUGGGUUUCCUGUAAGGAAGGGAGAGGGGAAACAGGAUUUGUGGUCAUUCAUAGCCUUUCAAUGUGCAGGAACCCAUUCAUUCCCACAGGUGAGAAAUCUGAGCUUCUAGGAGUCUAUGAGCUAGAGUCACAGUCACAGACCUGUCAGGAUCUAUAGGUGGGCAGGGGCUGCCUAAGGGAUUGUGGCUUGUGCAGUCUGAUCUAGGUCCUCACAAGACCACUCGGAUCAUUCUGGAAAUGUUCUUGACUUCUGUACUCAGAAACCCAGGGCUGAUCUCUGGGUCUCCCUGCAGUGCUUUUUGUGCACAGGCCAAUCCUCCUGCCCAUUCAUGUUCAAGCAGCAUCUACCCCUCCCCAGCACUGGGCAGGGCUCUGGAGCCAGCUAAAAGCACUUGUGUUAGAGCAGCCCAGCCCAGUCUUGCAGUCUUCCCUUCUUCAGCCGGAGCUCUCUGCUAGAAGCAAGCCUGUGUAGGAGCGCCUGGCACUCACUUGUCCUCUGGAGUCAGCCACUAUUUAUCCAAGCAAAGCCUGGAUCCUGGCACUCAGCCAUGAUGAGAACAGGUUUCCAGGGGGUAGCAAGACUUGUCCACCACAAAGCUCUUUACAGAAGCCCCCAGACCCUGCCCAGACUCCACCUGGCCUCAGCGUUUGGAUCUUCCACAGAUUCCCUGGUUGCAAGAUUCUGUGGAGAGAAGACAGAUUUGAAGGAUUAUGCCCUUCCGAAUGCCAGCUGGUGUCCAGAUAUGCUGAGCCUGUACCAAGAAUUUCUGGAGAAAACUAAAUCAGGCAGCUGGGUUAAACUACCCUCCUUCAAGUCCAACAGAGAUCAUAUCCGGGGCCUUAAGCUCCCAUUUGGACUGGUAGCUGCCUCAGACAAACAGGACUGGCGCCUCUUUACAAGAUCCAUCCAACUGGAAGGGCAAGGUUAUGAGUAUGUCAUCUUUUUCCACCCAUCUGAGAAGAAGUCAGUCUGCCUUUUCCAGCCAGGCCCCUACCUAGAGGGGGCACCAGGGUUUGCCCAUGGAGGGUCACUGGCAGCCUUGAUGGAUGAGACAUACUCUAAGACUGCCUAUCUGGCUGGAGAAGGACUGUUCACACUAAGUUUCAACAUCAAGUUCAAAAACUUGAUCCCCGUGGGCUCUCUGGCUGUCCUGGACCUUCAGGUAGAAAAGAUUGAAGAUCAGAAGCUCUACAUGUCCUGUAUCGCCCAGAGCAGAGACAAGCAGACAGUGUAUGCCAAGUCCUCUGGUGUUUUCCUUCAGCUACAACUGGAAGAAGAACAGUCCGGGGAGCAGUGACUCUGCCUUGACCUUGAUGACUCAACAGCCACAUAACAAAGGGUCCCCAGGAAUCAGGGGGCAGACAAGAGCCUUUUAUAGUUGGAAUCAAAAUCGUCCACAGGCCAGAGAUAGCUCAGCAGUUAAGAACACUGGCUGCCAUUUGAUUCCCAGUACCAACAUGGUGGUUCACAGCCAUCUUGUAACUCCUGUCCAAAGGAAUCCAAAACCCUCUCUUGGGCUCCAUGGACUACCAGGCAUGCAUACGGUGGUGCCUUACAUGCAAACCAAACACCCAUAUACAUAAAAUAAAUUCAUGUUUUAAACUUU